AUGGAUAGCCUGCGGUCUUCAACGAAGCGCGCUCAUUCACCGGCGACGCCACCGCCAGAGAGAUCGUCGCCGCCAGCUGCCUCUCCUGCCGAUAUCGACGUGGAGAAGUCCGUGGAACCCGUGGCGUCGGAUUUGCCCAAGGGCCCGAGUUUCUUGCAUUUGACAGAAGCGGAAACCUUGGUGAAGUACGCAGAGCUCAUUCGCCUGGAGACCGAACGCCUGAUAAAGGGGAAGGAGGACGACUCCCGGUGGCCACGUUUUGACCCAGAUCCCGUGCGAGACCGGUACAGCAAUAUCCAUCCUUGGGUCAAUAAUCGCAUUAAGCUGCAUGUCCCGGAAGGAUUUAACGACUAUAUAAACGCAUCCCCUGUUGUCUUGACACCAACCACUGCUAAUGAGGGCGAACUUAAUGAUGAUACUCUAGACAAGUACAUUUGUAUGCAAGGCCCUAAGAAACGGACGGUUGACCAUGUCUGGCACAUGGUAUGGCACGAACUAGCUACACCAGAUAAAUCCUCCCCAGCAGUGGUUAUCAUGUUAAGUCCAACGCACUCGCCCACUCCCGAUGAUCCUACCAAAAUUAUGGAAAAAUGCUUUCCCUAUUUCCCAACAGAUGAAGACUCACCCCCGCUCCUCAUCAACGAGAAUAAUGAGCUUGGAGAGGAGUUCAAGGCAACCGUGAAGUUCGUCUCACGGGAACCGGAUAUCCCGGGUACAUCAAUCGAAACCCGUCGGCUCGUCAUGACCGUUAAGGGGGAGGAGGAAGAAAAAACCAUAUGGCAUUACCUAUACCCAAAUUGGCCCGAUUUCGGCGCCCUCCAAGAAGAGAAUGUCGACAGCAUCCUAGCGCUAAUGGAGAUCUCCAAAAAAGCCAACGGGGAAGGCCAAAAUCCGCGUCUGAUCCACUGCAGUGCUGGCGUGGGACGGACGGGUACGUUCGUUGCGUUAGAAUUCCUGAAUCGGGAGUUACAAGCUGGAGCGUUCGAGAAUUGGGAUGAAGAACAUCCUGGCGAGGACCCUAUUUUCCAGGCGGUUAAUCAACUGAGGGAGCAACGGAGGACGAUGGUCCAGAGUUAUGAGCAAUAUGCGUUUUUGUAUGAGGUUUUGAGGAAGCUGUGGGGGGAAAAGUAUAAGCUGGACUGUAAUGGUGGCAGCCAUGAACGUGGAGAUAGACAUGUGGAGAAGAAGGGAAAGAUCGAUGAUGGAGGGGAUGAGGAUGAGGACGAGGACGAGGACGAGGACGAGGAGGAUUGA